UUUGCCAAAUCCUAUCAAUGAAAAAUAACUGUGUGGGAAUGUCUUGCCUACCUUAACAAUCUUGUCAACAGCUACCUAAUAACUGCAUAGUGCCAAGGCCUGCACUACAACCAUCCAUUGAAUAAAUACGAGAAAUGCCAGAAGAUACAGAAAACAUGACAAAUUACUCUGUCUYGAGAGUGGAUCCUGUAUUUGCAUAGUUUGGACUUAAUUGUGGAAUUUGCCAUCCAAGGAUUAUCUUUUCUUCCUGGGUCGUGACAAUUUCUUACCUGUUUGUGUUCAAUGGGGCAACGAAUUCACUUUGUGGUUGACCCUCAGGGUUGGUGCUGCAUGGGCCUAAUUAUCUUCGUCUGGCUUUACAAUACAAUCUUCAUUCCAAAGGUCAUCCUUUUUCCUCAUUAUGAAGAGGGAAAUAUAUCCGUUGUGGCAGUUUUGUGUUAUUACUUCUGCUCAUUGUUUUGUAUAGCUUCAUUAUUUAGAGCCUCAGUAGCAGAUCCAGGAAAGCUGCCUGAAAAUCCAAAGAUACCAAUCACAGAACGAGAAUAUUGGGAGUUAUGUAACAAAUGUAAUAUGAUGAGACCAAAGCGUUCACACCACUGCAGUCGCUGUGGACAUUGUGUGAGGAGGAUGGAUCACCACUGUCCAUGGAUUAAUAAUUGUGUUGGUGAAGACAAUCACUGGCUGUUUUUACAACUCUGUUUCUACACCCAGAUCCUUAGCUCCUAUACGCUGAUACUUGAUUUCUGCCAUUACUACUACUUUUUGCCUCUGAAAAAAGAAAACUGGGACGUGUUUGUAUUUAGACAUGAACUUGCUCUCCUAAGAAUAUCUGCCUUCAUGGGUCUAAUAAUAUUAGGUGGAAUAAGUCGACUCUUUUACAGUCAGCUAAUGGGUAUUUUCACUAGAGAAUGCACUAGCUGGAUCUGCACAUGCUGAAAGAGUCUAUAGUCUUGCCUGACGUGCUUUUUUUUAAAGACAAUAGCAUACAAGAUGACAGCAUCUUUGUGACUACAGCUGUUUGAGAUCUGCCAGAGAUUUCAUUUUGGAAUUAUGAAGCUUUGCACGGUAUUAACCUUUGUAGGUACAUAAUGGGAAACCUCUUAACUGUAUUGUGUAAUUCUUUUGUAUGGAAUAAAGGAAAAAAAUACUGUAUAAAUUUUACUUCUGUUAGAGUAAGCAAUAAUACUGCUUUUUGGUUUUACUGUAUUACCUGUAUAUAAAUUUACUGUCUUUUGCUUUUUCUGUGAUGAUAGCUAUGCUAUUAUUAUUGCCAUUCCCCAGCUGCUAUACCAGACCGCUUUCUGCAGUUACUCUCAACUCCCAGGUCAAUAGAUUUACCUUGGUCCAACUUUACCGUGUGCCUGAUUUCUGUUCUAGCUUUUCUGAUAGGUUUCCUCUCCCCURCUCAAAUGUGGGCACACUUCCUUUAUGUCUGCAUCGUUUAGAGGUGGGAUGUUUUUCUAAACCACCACUGUGGUAGCUAACUUGCUGAAAUGGUGACUUGCUGACUAGUGAAUGUUGACUAGUAACAGGAGACACAGAGACAGAAACUCAGUGAGCCUAAUUGUUCAGCUACUGAAAUAYGAAUGUCCUUUUGGUUUCUGUUAAAUGAAUAUAUAUUAAAACGAUGAGAAAAUCCAUGUGAUCAGUACUGCACUAAACCACAGAUAUGAUASAGAAGAAAAUAAGGGGCAAACCCURAGUCUAUCAUUCUUUUCUGCGUGCUGCUAGAAGAUUUUAGCAGUGACCAUCAGCAUCCAUUCACAUACUCUUAUUGUAUGCGAAAUAAAACCUGAGACUGAACCUGUUUCUGUCAGAUACACCUGAAAGCUGGGAUGUUUCUGUACUGACACAGGAUACCAAGUCCUCUGCCACUGCAACAGCCAUGAAUACCCAGUUGUAACUUCAUUGUCCUGAGCCUUAACACUUUCAGGCUGCUGCCGCCACUGUGCUCUAUAAACUGCUGUAAAGUCUUCUGUUUCUCUGUCAGUUGUAUAAUAUACUGAGAAGUACGUCCUAUUCACUUACAGAGCUGGCAACUGCACUGGAACUGGUGUGGCUAAUAGCAUUUUCAAGUCCAGUUUUUCCACUGAAAUCAUGAUAGCUGAGCUGCAAUAUGCCUGGACACUUGUUGUCUUUGCCAAACUUUGUGAAACAAACAUCCUACAGUAAUUGUGGAUAUGGAUGAUCUGUGAGAGGCAGAUUCUGAAAAGAACAGAUCUUCUUUAAGGCCUCUCGAUGCACCCUACCUCUCCCCCCAGUAGCAGAGAGGCUGUUGUCAUAUGGACAAGUUUUUAGGCUUGAUGGGAUUGCUGGGGAAGUAGAAAUCCAUUACUGAUGUGUCUCCAAACACUAAUUCAUUCACACUAUGUGGAUGSUGUUGCAUUGACUCAUUGAGGAAUGUAGUUGACUUAGUCCAUCCCCUAAUAGAGUAUUUCAAAUCAGCAGCACAGUAGUUUUCUGUCUUUUAAUUCCAYUCUUUGUAAAUAUAGAAUUGGCAAGAAUAAACAGUACAGUCAUUUUGAGGUAAUCUGCUUGGCAGCAACCAGUCAGACUUCAAACAACACAAGUCUGUUUGGUGUGGUUGUGCUUAGUUUGCAAGUAGUGUCAGAAACUCUGUACAAACAAUUUUUGAUUGCCAGCAUUGUAGUGUGGGGACUUGCUUCCUGCGUAAACACUGACUGCUUUGGCUAGCCACUGGAAAAAGUAGAUAGGGCAGCAGGUGAGUUAGUAGUUUCUCUGCAGGSUCCCCAAAGACAUGCCUGUCCCUGUUGAUAGAAUAGGGAAAUAAUGAAACAGGUAUAGCCAACCGGAAGCUGAGCACAUUGAGUGUGCAAGACAUUCAAGUCCUGUAGAAGCAAUGAACCAUUAACAGURAAAAGCAGUGACAUUGCUGCUGUGUACUGUGCUGGAGUUACAGUUCAGCAUCUAACCUUUCAGUAAGUUAAGCAAAUGGUAUCUGAAAUGAGCUCUAUGUUAAAUUUUGAUGAAUUAAUGAUGGAAUUAAACUUAGCUUAGUAUAAGGUGUAGAUCAAGACUUAGUAGCAGAACACAAUCAUUAAAGUGUAAUAGUGCAGACAAAAUUAAUUGGAAAGAAACUUGGGAUGCUUGGAGGCAUGGAUAUGCACAGUUAAAGUGUUCAUGUCAUCAUAGUUGUUCCAUAGCUGUUCUUGAAAGCAUUAAUUUCAGUGAUUGCUGAAGCUGCSUGGAGAUAUGUGCAAGGGACAAGAGCAUGGGCCUUUGAAAAAGGCAAAGCAACAUUUUUGCUUGUGUGGGAGAAGAGGUGAUAGACAUUUUUGAGGCUUGUACUCUGUGCCUCUGCUUGCAGUUUAACAUAAGCUGAGAUUAAUUCCGCAGCUCAUGGAAGAAAAUUAUUUUUAAACAGUAGAGACAAUCAAGCUCRUUCAGUAGAUACACACUAUUGCUUAAUGAGUCCAGCAAGUUCAGUUUGUUGGUGCUUAACAUUACUCUUUACCUGUAUUUCAAAUGCUGCAAAAAUUUUUGGAAAGAAAGAUAAACCUAAGAUUUAUCGAACUUUGACCCUUUUGUAACAAGACUUUCUGAUUCUCCUUAACAUAAACUUGCUUGACCAUCACCUCACGAUUUUUCAGAAAUGAAGCCAAUAGUWUUUUUUCAUCUUAGUAAUAUAAAGGCCCAUUUUUUUCCAGGAAUAUUGGACAUGCUUCUUAAAAAAAAUGCAGAUUCUUGGUCUUUAUAUUUACAGAGGUUUAUCUUUUUGUCGCAGCACCAAGAUAGAUAAUAUGUAGAAUAAAUUUGCAUGAUGUGAUCUUUGUGUACAUUUUUAGAAGCAGAGGUACACUCUACUACAAUUGAAGUAAGUGGUAGAUUGAGAAACCAUAAGAAUGAGCAGAAUUUUUUCAUAGGUUUUCAUAGGACUGCCAUUUUCUUCUCUUUGAUAUAUAUUUUCAGGGGUCAGAAAAUGUUUAACUCAAUGCAUAAUGGAAAGAACAUAUCUGAUAUCCGCCCGCAUGAUUUUCUGGAACGGGGCAGUAGCUAAAAACAGAAAAGCAAAGGAGCAUGUUAUUAAGUUUAGGUUAAGUAUYCUGCUGUGUGUGCUGGCACUUUGCAAAAUUCAGGUUUGUUGCACAGUUGACUGAUCUGUGCCUAUCAUUGYAUAACUGUCAUGCAUUAUAGCAGUAGAUCAAUUUUUGAAAAGGUUUUGAGGAAAGUAAGCAUGUAUUCUGGAUAUACAUGCAUUCUCCUGUUACCCUGCUUCAUGUGUGUUCAGCAGAUACCACGAUGCUUGGAAAAAAUGUGCUGUCUGGUAAAAAUGAAAACUUUGUAACUUGUGUACUAAAAUGUGGCUCUUAGGGAGAGAAUGUUCUUGAGGUUGUACUGCUUGAUAAAGUGAAAAAUAGACCAAGUAACCUACUACACUGUAAUUUCUGUSAGUACGUUUACCACCCCUCUUACUGUGGUGUCACUGCUAGGGUAUCAUUAGCACAAGGCUAUUCAGAACUCAUUUGGAGGUCCAGGAAGCCAAAGAGCAAAGGAGGUGACUUCCUACAAUGAGAGGAGAGCAGCUGGUUGGCAAAAACUGUCCUUAGAGGAACUUUUGACAUGAAUUGUUCCGAUGAAGAGGGGAGCAGCUGAGGUAGCCUCUAUACAGGAUUAGUGCUUUCUCCCUAGAAACUAGCAUAUGUGAAACACACUUCCAUCAGAAGGGGCACAUGGCUCCUUUCAUCCUCCUUCUCCAGUUGCUUUCCCCGAGCUCUAUCUGCCUCUGAUUUUGUCAUCAUCCUGAAUUUUAACACUUCCUCUAAAGUGUACGUUACCUUGCUCUUGGGGACRUUUUAUUUGGAGACUUUGGAAGUGGAGAGAGACUGUUCUCUCUAUUCUUAAGCCUCUGAAAUAGGGAGAAAUUCUUAGUUUAGGAAUUUUCAGGCUCUUAAGAAAAUACUCCUCCUAAAAUCUCAUCCUUAUCUUCACAAUUAGUCUUCUUGCUUAAAAUGUUCAAAUUUUUAGAGAACUGGGUGAAAAAAAUCGGUUUCACCUGUGAAUUAAAUAAACACUGAUGUAAUUUCCAAAAUGAUCGUAWAUUUAUGUUGAAGGCCUUCUUGUGUCCUAUGAUUAUUAUUUGCUUUAACACUCUUCUAUUCCCUGUCAUUUCUUGUAGUGCAGUUUUGAAUUGUAUAUUCCUUAACUGCAAAUGAGCCUGUGCUCUUAUAUUCUCAGGCAGCAUGAUUUUUUAAAUGACCUUGUUUGAAAAGUAGAAGCAAACUUUUUAGUAAAACAAGACGAUACCAAAAAGAACUUUGGCAGUUGCACCUUGGAAGAGUGCAACUCUUCUGCUCUCCUCUGGAGAGUAAGAAUUUUAAAAAUUGUUGCUCUUUGCUUCAGACGUCCUCUAGCUGCUUGUACUUCACAAGCAAUUAUUGGUCUUCGGCCUCAAUCACUAAAUGACAACAAGGAUAGCUCCAGCAUAGGCACUUUAAAACUUCAUGAAGGUAGAGGUGUGUUUUUCUGUGAUGGUUUAUAGAUUCAAUGGUAAAAGUUUCACUUUGUCCAUUUCAAAAGUUUUAAAAUUUUCUGCAAAAAAAAUACAGACAAUCCGUCUUCUGUAACAACUGCCUACACAUGUUAAUGACAUUGUGUUGCAGUGACAAAUACAAGGUUUAUCUAGAAAAGAGUAUUUUUCACUUAAGCUAGAAGAMAAUAUUGAGAAGGAUGUAUCUGUGUUACUCGUUUUUAUUUCCAGUUGCUUUUUUUUUCAUGUAAUUAUAUGAAAUAAUAAAAUUUAUUGGGAAGGUAAAACAAAUAGUACCCAGAGACUUGUUUGCUUUCUCAAGAUGYAUUUUCUUGACAUGUGUUUUUAAAGAAUUUUUCUCUCAUUUUCAUGUGUAACAGUUGUUUAUUUUCCUCAAAAAAAGAGCCAAAACCAGCCAAAGCAAGCAAACCAACCCCCCCCCCCAAAAAAAACUAGACUAUUUAUUCAGUAAUUCAUAGAAGAAAUAACAAAUUCACUUUGAAAAAGGUCUCUUUUAGCAGCCCCAGAUUGUUUCUGAUGCUGCUGUACGGUUGUUGGAGGUACAGAGCUCUUUUAAAAAGAGCUGUUUUUUCAGGCUUUUAAAAAAAGGUGGAAUUGUCAGGAUGCUCAUGUGUAUAUUAUUUGAAGACUAGUCCUGAUAUUUGCAUUUCUCUCACUCUUACUCCAUUUUAGUUUUAAGAAAAUACUUCUGUAUGUUUUCCACAUUAAGAGUUAAAUGAUGAUAAACCCCAGUUUUCCUGUUUAUGCUGUAAUUUUCUUAUAUGGGUUAUGUUUUAUCUACAAGGCAUUACUAAAGAACAUGUAAUAAAUAAUAUGGCAUUCUGUUUUAUAAAUAAUGGCCUGUCUGAUUAUUUUGAUAUUUGUUCAUAUCUAGUGAGUUUUUAAAUUGCACCAGACACUGCUAAGAAGUAGUCCUUUUGUUGACCAUUUUUUUAAAGCUAGUACCUUUUGCAUAUAUGAGAUUUUCUUCCUCUCAGGAUCUGUGUUGUUCUUUAUUUUCUUGGCUGCCACCUGUCCAAAGCAAUCAGCCACUUCUUUCUCUUUCUCUGUACAAAAGGAAAAUCCGGUCUUCCCAUGUAUGGUAGAAGGUAACAGGAUAAUCAGUUCAACAGUGAUCCUCUGAUGUCAGUGUGGGAGCCCUGUAAAAGCGGAUUAUCUGUGACCCAGAUAAAAUAAUUAGAAAUUACUUGGACACUUACAAAUAACUGAUCUACUAAUCUCAUUUCCAAAGUUAAAAAAGGCCUGUCUCUCAACGUAACACUACCAGAUGUUUCAGUUAAACAGCAUCCUUUGCAGAGACUAAUCUCAACCCUAAUUUUAAAGGAUUACCUUUGAUUGUUUUUAUUUCAAACACUAAACAGUGUUUUUAUUUUUCCAUAUGUUCUAACAAAUUAUUUAUAUGGAAGAAAUUAAUUUUUCCACUACAGUCCAUUAAAUAUGAUUUAAUGUUAUUUAUGCUAGUAUUGCAGAUAAAUGCUUUUCAUUGAAAUGAUUUACUAAUUAACUUGUUUCUCUGGGGCAGAACUAUUUAAGGGAUAGGCUUUUAUAAAUGUAAUAGAUACCAUGUGGCCUUUGUGCAAGGUAGUGGAUGUAUUAUCAUAAACUAAGUGGACAGUGACUUUAUUAAUUUAAUUAAUGCUACCGGGGUUUCCUGUUAAUUAACUGUUUGAAUGGUGUGCAGUGAUACGCCAAUAUCCUGUUGCAUCAGUACUUUCUGGAUGUGGAAAAGAGAAAUUUCCCUUUAUUUGCUUUAGGAAGGGUGGAAGGAAAAAUAGUGUUCCAUAGCCCGUUGGGUGSACAAUAUGGUGCCUACACAUACAUUUUAUCCUUAAAGUGUUAUUACUUGCCUUUUGUUAUUGCAGUGUUUCUCCUUUACACCUUAAAGUAGCAAGGGUAUUUUGCUAGGUAGUUUUUAACCGUUUUUUACAAAGAUUGAAUUUCAAAAUAAUGAAAAUGUAGCUGUAGUUAAUCUGUUMAUAAAAUCAAGGGCUUUUAAAUUCUUUGUGUAUUUUGUAGUAUUGAUCYAUUGCUGAUUUAAUAUGCAGAGUGACAAGUGAUCUAGUUCUGCUAAAAUACUUCUGGUAUUUAAAAAAUAAGUAUCUUGUAAUUAAAAAUAUUUGUAAUCAUAUCUUUAAUCAGAUAAUCUAUUAAAUACUAUUUUGAUUAGUGAAUACUAAGGGCUUUUCCUGUUUUUUCAAACAUGGCAGAAGUGUAAUCAAGGAACUAUUAAUCCUCAUAAUUAAGUUUAGCAUAUUAAAAAUUAGGAUUGGUAGGGGAAAUUAGGAUUUCCAGGCAAUUGUAUUCUUUAUGUGGCUAUAAUACAGUGUAAGAUAUAAAGUAAUUGUAGAGUGAGAGCAAACUAUAUAUAUAUAUAUAUAUACAAACUAUAACCCCAAGCAGUAAUUGGAAAUUACUAACAGAAAAUAACUUAGGUUAAUGUUGCCUGUCUUCCUCUUCCUCAUUAUUCUUAUCCCUUCCCCUUUUCCUGUUUCUACCUUUAAUCCACUGAUAGGUGGAUCUCCUAUUAGAAGACUGCAUAAAGUCCUAUAAAUUUAAUUGUCAGGAAGCAGUAAUAUCGUGGUCUUUGAAUUUUGUUAAUGGGUGUAGAUUCUUUCAUAUAUUUAUAUUUCUCAAAUAAAAUUGCAAUUUSUUUAGCAUUUUUUAUGAAUGUAUUCUGACAGCUUUAAAUACAUAUUUGCCAUAAAAAUAMAAUACCGGUUUACUUAAACAACACUUCUCUUUUAUGAGCUACUUAAAAUGUAGCAAUUAAUAAAAUAUAAGACACUCUAGGUAGAAAAAGGUCUCAUCUCUUUUAUUUAGGUCACUGCAUAGUCUUAGGUAAAUAUGGACAUUUUUAUUGAAAUUAAUAAUUUACAAUAUUAUAAGGAAAAAAUGCAAGUUAGAAAAUGUAAUCAAAGAGGUUUUAURUUGUGCGAGGAGUAUCAUUGAAUAUCAUGCCAGAUUUAUCCCCAGGAUAAUUAUCAUCACUCAGGAAGGAAGUCCUUUUACUAAUCUAUUUUUCUAAUAGUAAAGGUAUUUACGAUUUUCACCACUUUAAAUUAACUUUAACCACUUAAGUGGCUCUAAAAAUAAUGUUUGAGUGUUCCAGGGGCUGGUACAUUUUGUUUACAUGUUGCUUGUCAGAUUUAGACAUCAGACCAUUAAAUUGGCUUCUGUAUGAAGAUCAGCAGCUAGCUUUCUUAAGUACUUUUCUCCUGAUAUUUUUGUCUUAAGAAGGGUAUUUGUAAGUACCA